AUGGCGAGCCGGCAGCAGCACAGGUCGAAGAUGGACCGCGUGCGCCUGCAAUCCGUGGAGAUCAACUCGGAGGACCUGGACGAGGUGGAGUCGCUCUACGACGCGGCGGAGCCCUGCUACGCGGUGGUGUAUCGGUCCCGCCAGGGCGAGGGCACGCCCAGCACGUCCGGCGGGGGCGGGGUGCGCGUCGUCAGCUGCAUCAAGGCGGAGGUGGAGGAGCGCUACUCGCGCAAGAUAUUCGGCCGCAUGGAGGACUUCGUGCGCGCGGUGACCUAUCUCGUGGACGAGUCCGAGCGCGAGUGCAGCCACGCUCUGGACCUGCCGGCCUGCUGCGUCUUCGACGCGGCCCCCAGCGCGGCCUCGGCGCGCGCCGUGAUCCAGGAGAACCGCACGCUCAUCCGCCACUUCGCGCCCGUGCUGGACGUGGACCCAGCCAUGAACCUGCUCUACGAGCGCCAGCUCUUCAAAAUUAGGAGCGGCCCCAAGGGCGGGCGGGGGCGCCACGUGGGCUCCCGGUCGCCAGGGCCGCGGAGCCGGGCGCCGUACCGGGAGGCCGGCCGGGGCGCGCCCUCCUCGCUGGACGACUACGGGACGUCCGACGGCGACUACAGCGUGAGCCACGGCAGGCACGGCCGGGACGCCGAUCCCGAGACGCCCCCGGGGGUGUACGAAGAGGGCGGAGGGUGGAAGGGAAGCCCGGUGUCGCCCGCGUACGACGCGCCCGGGGGCAGGGGGAGGCUGGAUGCGGAGCCCAGGCCGCCCGGCACGCUGCAGAGGACGCGGUCGCUGGGGGAGCGGUCCAAGGAGCUGGAGGGCGGCGGUGGUGGGGGGGCGGGCGGCUCGUUCCUGUACUCCACGAUGCCGGUGGACCCGUUCCCGUGGCAGGGCGUCGCAGACCAGGAUGACAGGAGCCAUGGGCGGUCCCCAAAGUACGGUGCCCCACGGGACAAGUUUGACCAUCAACAAUACAUGCAGGAACCUCCAUUGGAAGAAGGGGAAAGCCACCACCUUGAGCCACCGGGACGUGCUGGCCCACGGAGAAGGAUGCAGGAACCUGGGGACUUUGACGAUCUUGGGUACGACAGACAGCUGAGGGAGGGAGGAGAGCAUGACCAGCCUUCCAGGCGCAGUCGGCAGGAAGCCCACAGGCAUGAUGACGAUUGGCGGUAUGGAGACGACCAGAGACAGUACCAGGAUGAUGGCAGGCGGUAUCAGGACGAAGGCAGGCGGUAUCAGGACGAAGGCAGGUGGUAUGAGGACGAAGAGAGGCGGUACCAGGAUGAAGGGCAGCGCUACCAAGACGAAGGGAGACGCUACCAGGAUGAAGGGAGGCGUCACCCUGAUGAGUAUGGCGAUGAAGCCAGGCCGUACCAGCACCACGAUGAGUACCACGAUGAGCAUACACCUGUGCACGGCCACCAGCAGCCUGAGCGUCAGGAAAUUUGGAAGGACAGCUCUGCUGAUGAGCGGUGCAGGCGCCGCGAGGUGCCGCCGAAGGGAUAUCCAAGUUACCAAGAAGGAGAUGCCUACCUAGAAGAUGGCCAGCAGUAUGGAGAGGAGAUGUCAGCGCCAGGCCAAUAUGGGUACAGCAAGAACGCAGGACACAAGCCCUCUGGCCACCGGAUUCCUGAAGGUGUCCCGCCUCUGAAGUCCAUACAGAGUCUCCAUGCUGGACGAGCCCAGGACUGGCAGGACGGCCAGGCACCUCUGCAUAGUCCCCAGGGACAGGGCGUGGACUGGGAAGCUGACACAGCCCCCGCUCAGCCGGCCCCCGAAGCCGAAAAGCCCAACCAGAGCAAGUUCACCAUGGAGGUCGAUCCUCGCGAGACGGUUGGCAGCCUGAAGCAGAAGAUCUACAAGGCCAGGGGGUACCACCCCAACGUUCAGCGGCUGGUGUUCGAUGGCACGAUCCUUUCGGACAAGAUGAGGCUGGCAGACUGCAACGUGACAGAGGACUCUACCCUGGUGCUGUGGCUGCUGCUGGGCAAAGGGCGUGCAGUGCGGGUGAUGUGA